GGGACCCAGCGCUGUGUUGUUACCAAAGCCUCUCAGUCACCCAGCAGACGACGGAUUCAGGUCACAAGGGAAGUUACUCUUUAAAUUAUCCAAAAUGCAAGCUUCAAAUAGCAGUUCCGACCCUAAGAGGAGUGAUAAGAUUGUGAGUUACAAACCCCCUGCUCAGGGAACUCCAGGUGCACCAGGUGAAGACCCCACCACAGACUACAUGAAUGUCUUGGGCAUGAUCUUCAGCAUGUGUGGCCUCAUGAUGCGAUUGAAGUGGUGCGCAUGGGUGGCACUUUACUGCUCUUGCAUCAGCUUUGCGAAUUCUCGAGUAAACGAUGAUACGAAGCAGAUGCUCAGCAGUUUCAUGUUGUCAAUCUCUGCAGUUGUGAUGUCGUACCUGCAAAAUCCACAACCGAUGACACCCCCCUGGUCUAAUAUAUAAGUGUUAUUCUAUUAGAUUUUCCAAAGUGCUUUUGUAUAAAACUUGUUAAAAGUGAAAAAAUGGCUUUUUUUAAUGACUUCCACAUGGAGCAUUAAAGGUUAUAUAAAGAGAAGAACAAUCUCAUUUUGGUGUAUAUUUCGUCUCAUGAAAAUUGUUGAGAAAUUGUUAUCCCAAAAGUGAUUUCCAUUCCAAAGAUAUUUUGGUAGCCAUUCUAUUUUUAUCUUUGUUGAAUAAUAUUAGAAUUGUUUACAAUGAUAGGAAUGACUCACUACUGAAUCCUGUAAUUUUUUUUGUUAAUGUACUUCUGCAGUGGUACUUUUAAUAAGUGGAAAAGCUGUAUUAGAACUUGUUUUUUGUUUUUACAUUUAUGUGUAUUUUACAGGUAGAAUACUGUUUUCUGUGACAAAGAGGAAAUAUCUGGUCUCUGUUGAAUGAAUGCAAUACAGAUUUUUAAGGCAUUUUUGCCUUUAGUAUUUGAAUAAACAAUUUACAUUA